AUAAGAAUUAUUUUUUUUUUUUUUUUUGGAUGAAAACAAGAAUUUAAAAAAAAAAAAAAUAUUCAAAACAAAAUGACAUCGGAAAUUAUCGAUGGUGAUUCAUUGACAAAAAUCAUAACAAAAGAAUUGGAUAUCGGUCUUUAUCCACAAUUUAUGGGCCGUGAAGAAUCUUGUGUAAAUAAAUUGUUAAAACAGCGAAAAUUCAAAUAUAAUCCCGAUCUAAAUGGUAUACUAAUACGGUUUGAUGAUCUGGAAUUUUUAACCGAUACCGGACGAAUAAUCGAUGAUAGUCCAUUGAUAUUCUGGAAAAUUAGAGGGAAAUUUCAUAUAUUCAAUGUACAACCGAAUCAAAUAUUGAAAAGUUUUAUCAACAGAAUCGGCAAAGAAUAUAUUGGCUGUUCAUUUGCAGGCUGUAUUGAUGUAACAAUAAAAUUUGAAUGUCAAACAUUCGAUCAUGAACAGAUUGAUGAUAUUUGUUCCAGUCUAAAUAUUAGUGAUUCGAUUACUUUCAAAGUGAAACGUUUCAUACCGACACAACGUUAUAUUGAAGGUAUUAUUGAUGAUGAAAUAUUUCGAAUCAUUCUCAAUGACAAUAAUGAUAAUAAAAAUAGAAUAAAAAGAUGAA